CGUGCUCCGUGCAGGAUGCUGAAUUGUAGGUGAUGAUGGCGGAAGGGGAGCAGCGCUGAGUUUCAUCUGAGUUUUUACCACAGCUGUAGAACCAUCUACAACAUCUUUUCUCUCCGUCGAGACCUAUCCCGAGGCGAUGGGGAACGAGGCCAGUAUGGAAGGGGAGGGACAGGCGGGACAGCCCGGCCCCGCCGUCCCUGCAGCAGGGGCUCCGGCUUCCAUUUCAGCACCACCGGACUCUGGACAGCUCAUCAAGCCCAGCAAUGGAGCGCCAGCCGGAGGAAGUGGGGCUGGACCCGGGCCGGGGAUUAACAGACCGCCUCCGUCAGACCCGGGACCUAAAGCGGGAGUCCAGAGUGGUCACGGGACAGGGGACCGGUUGGCCUCCCACGACACCCCUCAGCAUGCCGGGCAUCAAGGCGAGCAGGGCCAGGGUCAUGUGGCCAGGAAGAGUCUGCAUGUGGAUGUGGGUAGCAGCAGGACUGGCCGGUCCCCCUCCGUGUCCCCUGACCGAGGCAGUGUCCCCACCUCCCCUUACUCUGUGCCACAAAUUGCACCCAUGCCCAGCAGCAAACUGUGCCCCGUCUGCAAAACCACCGACCUGAUGGGCACUGGGGACGACAAGCCGAACUCAAACACCUGCACGCAGUGCCGCUCCAUGGUGUGCACCCAGUGUGGCUUCAACCCCAACCCUCACCUCACAGAGGUUCAGGAGUGGCUGUGUCUGAACUGUCAGAUGCAGAGAGCAUUGGGGAUGGACAUGGACACACCGCGCUCCAAGAGUCAGCAACAGAUACACUCUCCUUCUCAUCCAGCCAAACCAGAACUUGCUUCGACUCAGCCUGCACCCCAGACGCAGCCUCCUCCGCAGACACAGCAUCCUCCGCAGACGCAGCAUCCUCCGCAUCCUGCGCAGACGCAGCAUCCUCCGCAGACGCAGCAUCCUCCGCAGACGCAGCAUCCUCCGCAGACGCAGCAUCCGCCGCAGAUGCAGCAUCCUCCGCAGACGCAGCAUCCUCCGCAGAUGCAGCAUCCUCCUCAGUCGCAGCCUCCAGCACAGACCCAUCCAGCACCGGGUCCCACCAAACAGACUGGUCCAGCUGGCUUAGGUCAGCCUCAAGUAAGGCUCCCUCCAGGGGCUGUCAGUCUCCCUGGCAUGGCCAAGGCCCCGUCUCAGCCUGAUCUGUCUCGCAACUCUCCCGCACACCAACCCCAGCACCCCCGCCAGGACCAGACUCGCAGUGCGGGGAGCUCCCCUUCGCGGCAGCCCCCACCUCCAGAGCAGACUUUUGGGAAGUUGUUUGGCUUUGGUGCUUCUCUUCUAAACCAAGCCAGCACUCUCAUAUCUGAGACUACUCAACCCCAACAACAGCCCCCCAAAACAGCCCCCAAACCAGGAGGACCUCCUGGUCCAGGGCCUGGGGUGGGUAAACCCUCAGGACCUCAGCCUGCUCAACAGGGGCCCCGAGCCCCUGCGCCUCAGCAACAACAACAACAGCACGCUCCCCCGGACACCUCUAAACCCAAAGCUUGUUGUCCUCUCUGCAAGACAAACCUCAACAUAGGCAACACAGCUGAACAACCCAACUUCAACACCUGCACUCAGUGCCACCAACAAGUGUGCAACAUGUGUGGAUUCAAUCCCACUCCACACCUUGUCGAGAAGAAAGAAUGGCUGUGCUUGAACUGCCAGACGCAGAGGGCUCUGUCAGGAAGCUUGGGAGAUAUUCCAGCUCCUGUUGCACAGCCAGCGGGAUCCCCCCGGCCACCUGCUACAGCCAAUCAACAACCACCUCAGCAGAAAGGGCCAAAUCACCUAUUAGGGCCUAGGCCCACAGGUCCUCAACAACAGCAGAAACCAUCGGGUCCCCAAGUAAGUGGCCCUGUCUCUCCUGUGAAACAUGCUGGUCCUGCCCCUCAAACCAAGGGGCCCAGCCAAGCUCCCCCUCAAACCAAGGGUUCAACCCAACCUGUUCCUCAACCUAAAGGCUCAACUCAGCCACCUCCCCAAACUAAGGGUCCAACACAACCCUCAGCUCAGAGUAAGGGGCCUCAAAUUAAAGGUCCUAAUCAGUCACAUGCUCAGAGUAAGGGCCCUGUUCAGUCUGCUAACCAAAUAAAGGGCCAGGCCAAAGGGCCGGCUCAGACAAAAGGAUCUGCUCAGCCCUCUGCUCAGACGAAGGGUCCUUCUGGGGCCAAGGCCACCCCGGGUAAAGCCGCGCCCAACCAUGCCAAGGCCUCUCCCGCCCAAUCAAAAACAGCACCCACUCAGUCUAAACCCACAGGUAACAGCCAGGCCCGAAAACCACCGCAGAGCCAGGAGAAGACUAAAGUCACAUCCAAAUCUCUAAAAGAAGACGUCAAGGCCUCGCCGAAGAAGGCAAUGUCAGAGACUGUCACUUCACCAAAAGACAUGAAGAUAACUGAAGAUACACAGAAGUCAAGACACCAUGAAGAUUACAACAAAUCAAGUACACAGAGUCUAAGUGACACUGGAUACUCCUCAGAUGGGAUCUCCAGCUCUCAUGGGGAAAUUACAGGACAGAUCCGGGAAGAAGGAAUCAAGCUUAAUGAAAGAGGUGCUUCCAUCCCCUCAGAAAUCACCAAGCUAGAGACCUCUAUGAAGCCUUUGCUUGAGUCAAAGACGGCGCCAGACCAGAAGCACAGGCCACAUUCACUGUCUGUAGGACAGGGCCGGGACUAUGAUCCUGAUGAUGAUGCAGCAAGGGAUGAAUCAGAGGAUGACCUCAGUUGUAAGCUACGCCAUGAUUACGUGGAGGACAGCAGUGAAAGUGGUCUCUCACCAUUGCCAGUAAGACAGAAGAAGACACAUAAAGAAUUAACAGAUGAGGAAUUCAUGAGGAGACAAAUUAUGGAAAUGAGCGCAGAUGAAGAGGAGAUGGAAGAACAUGGGAACCAGAAGCCUAAAAGGGGACAUAAAACCAGUGGGGAUCCAAGCAAAGAGAGACGACGUCUGGCUCAGCAUUCUAAUAGUUUUGAGGAUGACACCAAGGCAUCGGAGGCAAAUGAAGAGGAAGAUGUCGUAAUGGCUGGGGGCCUUCGGCGGUUUAAGACUAUUGAGCUGAAUAACACCAACAGCUACAACCGCGAGAUGGAGCUCAGUACUGAACAUGACCUACGAGAACCAGAGCUAGAGAUGGAGAGUCUGACUGGCUCUCCUGAGGAGCGGUCCAAGGGAGAGUAUUCGUCCACCCUACCUGCCACCACUCCCAGCUACACCUCUGGAACAUCCCCCACAUCUGUGUCGUCAAUGGAGGAUGACAGUGACAGCAGCCCUAGUCGUAGGGCAAGGCUAGAGGAGGCAAAGCAGCAGAGGAAGGCUCGGCAUCGGUCCCAUGGGCCACUGCUGCCCACUAUCGAGGAUUCAUCUGAGGAGGAUGAGCUCAGAGAGGAGGAAGAACUACUUAGAGAACAGGAGCAGAUGAGAGAUCUGGAGCAACAGAGGAUCCGAAGUACUGCUCGAAAAACAAAGAGGGAUAAAGAGGAGCUACGGGCACAGAGACGCAGGGAAAGAUCCAAAACUCCCCCCAGCAAUCUCUCUCCUAUUGAAGAUGCAUCGCCAACAGAAGAGCUGAGGCAGGCUGCAGAGAUGGAGGAGCUUCACAGAUCAUCAUGUUCUGAAUACUCACCAUCUAUGGACUCAGAGGCAGAGGGCUUUGAGAUGAUUGGUGGAAAGCUUUACAAAUCAGGAAAUGAAUAUAACCUUCCAACCUUCACAUCACUCUACUCCCCUACAGAAAAGACAUCAGCAACGUCACCAUCUGAUAAAACACUAAAAAGUGCAGAGGAGGUCUAUGAGGAAAUGAUGAAGAAAGCGCAGCUCAUGCAGAGGCAAGGACAUGCAGUUAAUCAGCAGAAAGGAGCUUCUCAGCCUGACAGUAAACAUCAUCUUGACGCCGGAACUUCCCUAACCCCUGGCUCAAGCCCAACGCAGCUUACUGCACCCAUGUCCUUCUCAACAACAGGGAGUGAUCCACGAAUUCCAGGAAUUCAUGCAGCACAGCAUCUAUCAAAAGAAACACAAAAUAGGAUGAUGACACAGAGUGCCAAAAUUGAAGGUGUUGUUGGAACUGCCACAACCAAAGCCCAAGUCGGUCAGACUGCCACAACUCGACAGGCCAGUAGCACAGUGCCUGCUGGCAACAGAGCAGGCGCCCAGAGGCCAACGCAGACAUCACCUGACUCUGGAACAUCCUCCAUAACCUCCAAAGUCUUCUCCCUUUUCAAAGGUCCCAGUCCCCCUGUCUCCCCCAACGCAUCUCCAGCACAAAGCCCAACGCACACACCAUCGGUGAGACCCAGUGGUGGUAGUGGCAGGCAGCUGCCAUCUCUGCCGGGUGGUCCUGCGUCAGCCGCAGCAUCCCAUGGAGGUCAGGCACCGCAAAGGACAAUGUCGCCCCGUCUUGCACGACAACAGUCCUCUCAAGAUGCACCAGUGAUGGUGAUAACACUAGGUUCUGAUACAACUUGUCCUUCAAAGCCCAUCACUGUAAAUUCUUCCACUUCCCCAUUGUCUUCACCAACACAGGUCAGUUGUAAAACGUUGUAUAGUUCCCAGUCUCUUUCAACAAGUUCGCCAACAUCACCACAAAGGCAGUCUCCGAAACAUUCUUCACAGAUGGCUCAAAGUGUUGAAAAAGUAAAUGUUGGUAUUAGCACUGUGACCACAACUGCAUAUGGUCGUGGAUCUAUGGAGAAUAUAUCUCUAUGUAAAAUCUCAAAUAUUCCAGGCUCUACAAUGGUUGUGGGUCAGGGCCAAACACUUUCAAGCACUAAUGUUGUGGAUUUGAGAGCCCCAAUGAGGCCAGCUCCAAUUAUAAUGACAGACCAGGGGAUGGACCUAACAUCCCUUGCCUCUGAUACAAGGAGAUACUCUUUAGGAUCAGAACAGCCAUCUAUUCGUCACACAGCAGUGCAACCUCUUAUUAUGAACCUGAAUGCACAAGAGCAACCGCACAUAUCUGUAUCAACACCGACCACCGUUAGUGUCACCGUUGCAGGUUCUAUCUUCAUGACCCAACCCAAGCAACCAAUUGUGUAUGGAGAUCCUUUGCAAAACCGUGUUGAUUUGGGGCAGGGUGUUGGUGCAGCUGUAUGUUUAACCCAGAGCAAGACACCAAUCACUGACCCAUCUAUUCCCAAAAUUGAUGCCUGCCUGCAGAACCUGGGUAUACAACAGCAACAACUGCAGUUACAGCAGCAGAAACUCCUGCAGCAGCAACAGCUUCUUGAGCAGCAGCUCCAGCAGCACCAACAGCAAUCCUCUUUUGCUCGUUACAAUUUAGCUAAUCAGGUCCAGCCAAUGCUGAUGAAAAAAGACCUUGUAGUAAGCCAGACAAGCAGUGCCCCGUCUGCAGUGACUGCCAGUGCCAUCCCUAGACUAUCCCCCAUGGGUCCACCAUCAGUGUCUGGGGCUCUUGCUUCUAAUGUUCCCAAUGAAGUCUAUAGUGGAGUUGCCUUAGAGCUGAAAAACAAGCCAACAGUAAUGAACCUGUCCACAGGUAAGCCCCAUGUCAUGAUGGUACAACUUGAUGAAAGUAACACAUCCCAGGGGGCCACCGUGACUCAACUGGUAAAGAAAGAGGAACCUCCUCCACCUCCUCAGGUCUUGGAUCUCACUGGACAGAUAAAACCAGAUAACCAGGUGGCUUGUUGUGAUGUUGUUUACAAAUUGCCCUUUGCUGGUUCCUGUUCAGGGUCAUUCACUCAGAAGCCUACAGUGUCUGCAGAUAAAACUCCCACCACUGAAACCUCCCAAGCAGCUCACCCUCCCCACCCACCGCACUACAAUGUCAGCCAACAACAACACCAGCCUCAAGCUGCACAAGGAGUGACAGAGGAACAUAAACCAUAUCAACAACCCAUAGUCCCCUCAGGAAGAAUUCAGCCCUCCAUGUCUGAUACUAAUCUGCCCUCCAUGACGGAUGCUGGUCACUAUCAGAGUAAUGUCCAGGGGGGUCUGGCAGUAGAUCUUAGCAACAUGAAUCAGGCUUAUGAUGGUGGAUAUCUCGGCAUUGGAGCACAGUAUGGAUCUUACACUGACUUGCGUCACCAAGGAGAUAUUACAGGCCCUUCAUUACCCCUUCGCCGAUAUGGCUCUAUGUCCAAUAUCAAUUCUGACUAUGCCUGUGGUUCACGGGACCCAACAGGACAACCUGACUCCAACCUGGCUCAGUACAGUGCAACCACUGCAAGGGAGAUCAGUCGCAUGUGUGCAGCUCUUAACACUGUGGACCAGUAUGGGAGCCGGUAUGGAAAUAACCCUGAACUAGUACCAUAUGGGGCUGGAAGGGGUGGAACUUUAGCUCGGCUGAAUCUCCAACAAAGCUUAGCAUCAAUAAGAGCAAACCUACUGUACGGCCCAGAUGGAAGACCAACAGCAAACGGCCAAACUUUAACAAACCUAAUAAAUGCUAGACAAGCCAGUAUACGCGCCUUGUACCCUGCUGCUAUGAGAGGGGGCGAUGGCAUGAUAUAUUCCACCAUUAACACUCCGAUAGCCUCCACCUUGCCAAUUACCACCCAGCCUUCCUCUGUCAUGCGUCCCAUGCCUCGAGGAAUUUACAGACCAUACCCUACAGGUGUAACUGCUGUACCAUUGGCUACCCUUACCAGGUUGCCUCAAAUGUCUCCCAGAAUGCCUCUGUCCACACAGGGACCAUAUUCCUACCCUCCUCCAAACCAGUAUCCGUCAGCCACACAAUCAGGGAGUGUGCCUGAUGUAAGCAGCUCACACCAGGAAACUCCUGUGUACCUUGGAAAGCCUUUAACAACCAUUGCUGCGCAAACAGCUGCAACCAUUCCACCCACCCAAACUGCAGCACACUUAGGCACACAAAAUGUACCAGCAAGUGGUUUGCAAACAACAGUAGAUCAACAGGCAGUUCACGCUCAACUUACCUCACAGAGUGUUACGCCCCUCUCUCAAGCUCAAGGCCAACCUCCAACUGUCCAGCCAAUGCAGGCUCAGAUGCAGCCACAUCAGUUACCUACUCAAACUGAACCUUUAUCUUUGACUCAAACCCAGUCUCAAGUUCAACCCAUCAGUCAACCUCAACCAUUAGCUCUGCCACAGGGUCAGCCACAAGCAGCACCCCAUGGCACUGCCAUAGUACCUAGUCCCAAAGUUUCUCCUCCCACUGAUGCCCAGAAAUCUAAGGAAGAUGAGCGACUGAGUCAGCAGCAAGAGCAUGUGCUGCAGCUAGAGCGAGAACGCGUUGAACUGGAGAAAUUACGGCAGCUGCGCCUACACGAAGAGCUUGAAAGAGAUCGUAUGGAGCUUCAGCGACACAGGGAAAAAGAACAACUAAUAGUCCAGCGCGAGAUUCAAGAGCUGCAGACAAUCAAACAGCAAGUCCUUCACCAACAGCAGGCAGAGCGGGAAACACAGCUCAUUAUGCAAAGAGAACAACUGGCCCAGCAGAGAAUGCAGCUUGAACAAAUUCAGUCUCUGCAGCACCAGCUCCAGCAGCAGUUGGAGGAGCAGAAAAGGCAAAAGACGGCAGCCGUGGAGGCAGCGGCUGCUGUUGCAGCAGCAGAGGCAGCCGCUGCAUCAGCGGUGGCAGCAGCAGCAGCAACAUCUGCCCAGGGUGCUAUACAAGGGGUAGUUGUUGGAGGGGGAGCUCCUCAAGGGUUCAUUAUUUGUGAUCAGAGUGGGAGAGUUAUUCAACAAGAUGGACAAAGUGUCCAAUUUUGGCAGGAUGGACAAGUGGUUCAAGCUGUGAUGGCUGCUCGACCUAUUCAAAGUUCUGCCUCUGAAAUGUCUUUGAGAAGCAGCGACAAACAGGCCGAAUCCAAGAUCAUGAAGAAGCAGAACUCCAUGCCUCGGCUGAGGGAUGGAUCAGAAGAGGACUCUGUGAAGAGGAUUACAGACAGCUGUGUGCAAACAGACGAUGAAGAUGGAGAGGACAGAUUCAUGAACAGGCGUAGGAGAACAAGGCGUAUCGCCGAUUGCAGUGUGCAGACUGAUGAGGAGGACCAGGGUGAGUGGGACCAGCAGCCAGUAAGGCGCAGGCGAUCACGAGUAUCCAAGCACUCUGAGUCCAGUGGUGAGGCUAAAUCAGAAGGGUCAUCCAAAGUGGCUUCUACAAGUAUAGCUAUUCAGACCACAAAUGAUUCAUCAUGCCAAACAGAGCCCGACCAACUAAGCAGGAUUUCACCUGCAAUCCAUAUUACCAUGGCCGAGACCUCAAAGGUUGACCUACUACAUUACAUAGCGGCCCCAGAAAGGACCCACAAGGGAGAGAGUCUGGCCUGCCAGACAGAACCAGAGUCUCAGUCUCAGGGUGUGGUCGCCCCUCAGCUGAGUGUCCCUACAACUAUUAGUCCGUACUCCACAAGUUUGCAUAUAGUAGGUGCAAACACAGCUGACCCAACCUCCCCUAGACUCCAAGGAGUUGCUAAGUUUGAAAGAAGGAAACCGGAUCCCUUGGAAAUUGGCUAUCAACAAAAUGAGUCUCCAUCACGCCAGCCCCCCAAAUCUCCCCAAGUACUAUACUCCCCUGUGUCUCCAUUGUCCCCUCAUCGCAUGCUGGAGACAACAUUUGCCUCGCAGGAGAAACUUAACAAGGCCCAUGUGACGCCCCAGCAGAAGGCCUUCACUGCUGAAUCACCCCAACGCCACCAGACCCUACCACGACCCAUAAAAAGUGUGCAGCGCUCCAUGUCGGAUCCAAAGCCUCUCAGCCCCACAUCAGAGGACCCUGGCAAGAACAGGUUCUCCCCGUACCAUCAGCAAGCUAUGUCCAACAGUCAGAUGGCCUCCCUGCAGCAGCAGCAGAACUCUCUGAUGAGGAAAAUAAAGAGGACUCUUCCCAGCCCCCCACCAGAGGAGACUCCGCUCCCCAUUGUUACUCCAGCACAAAUGUACAGCUCUCCUGGCAUGCCCCAGAGGGUCCUGCCCCGACCUGCCCAGGGAGUCACAAAGGCCGGCCUGCUGAGUGAACUGAAAGCUGUGGAACAAGAGUCGUCAAAGCUCCGUAAGCAGCAGGCUGAACUUGAGGAGGAAGAGAAAGAGAUUGAUGCCAAGCUACGUUACUUGGAGCUUGGCAUCACCCAACGUAAAGAGACCAUGGUGAAGGAGAGGGAGAGGAGAGAGCUGGCUUACCUGAGAUGUAUGGGCGAUGCUCGGGAUUACAUGUCGGACAGUGAGCUCAAUAAUCUGAGGCUGGUAGCGGCAACAGGAACCUUUGAUGCUAAUGGAAUGCUAACGAGGCCCAGCACCGCACCAUUGAGCCAAUUUACUAAUGAUCUCAAUGCAACCUCCCAGUAUCCCUCAACAUCCUCCUAUAUGUCCUACCCAUACCCUCAAACUCAACCAUCAACACAGCAACCUGGCUCUGCUUACCAACAGAUAGGUUUCCAGCCUCCUCAGUACCCUUCAUCCUCUGCACCCCAGCCAGGUACUUUCCAGCCCCAUCCCCCACCAGGUCCUGGCUACCAGAACCAGGGAACAUACUCCAAUCGCAUGUAUGGCCAGUCCUCCUACCAGACAGACCUUGGCAUGCAGCAGCAUGGUCACCAGGGCUUCCAUCCGCCUAGUCAGCCUAUGCCAGCCCAGACACUUCCUUACCCCACCCACAGCUCCUACCAACCUGGUCUCCCCUACCAGCCCCAGGCAGAGAUCCUUACAGUUCAUCAAAGACCACGGCAAACCUCUUUGGCUGACCUUGAGCAAAAACUCCCCACAAACUAUGAAGUCAUCAGCAACCCAGCAGUGUCAGUGGCCACAUCAGCUCCAGAUAGCAACUUUGGCGCAGUCUACAGCAACACAUAUGGACAGUACCGCCCCCCGGAGCCUGGCCUGACUCACUCUGUGGACAGCCCCACCAACGCUUAUGCUUCGGAUGGACUCUACACCUCGAACCUGGAGCAGAAUAUUCCUAGGAACUACGUCAUGAUUGAUGAUAUUAGUGAGUUGACAAAAGACAACACUAACCAACCUACUGAUGCUCUGGGCCAUCCUGUGGGAGGGCGGUAUCGCAGCGAGAAUGGCCCUGCACGUGGAAGUGGCUACGGUAGGCCUGAAGAUGAGCCUGUUGAUGCUUAUGGCAGACCUACGGGAACAACAGGCUACCAGAGUACAGCGGACAGUCGCACCAGCACUACAGUAAGUGGUGGCUCUUCCUAUUACUAUGAUGAUUAUAAACACACAUCGCGGAGCGGUUCCAGUAGCCACAAACUCGCACCCAAGAAUCUCGCCCCUGCAGUAGUCUCCUCUAAACGUAGUAAGCACAGGAAGCAGGGAAUGGAGCAGAAGAUUUCUAAAUUCUCCCCGAUUGAGGAAGCACGAGAUGUGGAGUCUGACCUUGCCUCUUACACAAUGACAACAUCAACAGGAGGCAGCUGCACAAUUGUGUCCAGAUCCAAGAAGAUUCAGGAUGAUGGCACCUAUGGGAUGAAGAAGAAUGCAUACGACCAGCAGAAAUAUUAUGGAACCAGUCGUGAGGGUCUGGAGGAGGAGGACCGCAUGUACAGCUCUGGCAGGUCAAGGUCUACUGGAUACGGUAUGGAUAAGAUUUCCUCCAGAGAUGCCACAGGCCACAGAAGUAAAUCCUACGAGAGGGAUGCCAUGGAGCGCUCUCAGAGAAGCAGCCGUAGCGGAAGGCCCCCCAUGCGCAACCAGAAUUCAGAAGAAGAGAGUCCACUCAGUCCUGUUGGGAAGCCUGUAGGCAUGGGAAGAGGCUCUGGCAUCCCAGAAGCCCAUGAUGUCAGAAACCAGUACGGUUCCAGCCAUUCGUUGCCAGAUGUGCAGGAUCAUCACAAGAAGGACCUGCCCAGGAGUCAUGUCUAUAAACCCGAUGACCCUUACCUGGUAGAUGACAUGCACUGUGCUGUUUCUGACAGUGAAGCCUAUCAUUUGGGCCAAGAGGAGACUGAUUGGUUUGAGAAGCCACGGGAGGCUCGCGCUGAUCGCUCGAGACAUCAUGGAGGUGGAGGUCACUCAUCCACAGGCAGGCGGAGUAAACAACACACCUACCAUGAUUAUGAUGAACCUCCGGAGGAAUACGGUCCCCAGGAUGAGUACAACCAACAACGCCACUCCUCUUCCACAUCAUCACGGGAUCACCGACACCAUGGCGGCAGCUCUGGCAGACACAGCUCUUCUCGCCACACCUCAGAGGAUCCAAGGACAUCCCGCUCUUCCAGGUCACACCCCAAAGAUCCAUCUGUCCGCCCUGAAGGCAGAGGCUCCUCGACAGCACAGAGAAGGGGCGGUCCGGACUCCCGUUCCGCCACAGGAAGCCCACGGAACUCAGGCGACUUCUCCCGAGAACCUGGUCAUCACCACGGCACUGGAGGACGGAGCCAGAGACCCCAAGGAGAUCGCACAACCGGGAGGACAGGAAGACAGGAGCCCUCUGCAGCAGGGCCAAAAUCACAGCAACCGCAGCAGCAACAGCAGCAGCAGCAGCAGCAGCAGCAGCAGCAGCCCUCUCAGGGCCAUGCAGGGCAGCAGCGGUCAGGUGGUCAGGGCCAGUCUGGGAGACAUCCAGGCUCUGAACCACUUGAUGGCAAUCAGCAGGCCCAGCAGCAGCAGCAGCAGCAUCAGCCGAGUGCUCAACAGCAGCAGCAGCAGCAGCAGCAACCCACACAGCGAAGCCAGACCCCUCCAAGCAGCCAGCCCACAACAACCACCGCAGGAGCUGGACCGGCACAGCAGCAGCCCAAAUCUGGCCAAGUCCCAACACAGGGACGGCAGCCAGGAGCAGGGUCUGCAGCAGGGCAGCCAGCUACUACGGCGCCAAAAAUGGAUGCUACACCUGCAGCAGCAGCAGCAGCAGCAGCGACAGGAAUGAAACCUACAGCAGGAGUCCCAACAGCACCUCAGCCUACUAAAAUAGCUACACCUCCUCUGACAGGGAUUGGCUCCAAGGCCGCCCCUGUUGGGAUUGGUAGCAAACCCGUAGGUAUUGGCAGUGCUGCAGCAGGACAGCCACCUGCUGAAGGGGACAAUGUUCUUACUAAAAUCCUGCAAGGAGGGGCAGCAGAGCAGGCGGGGAAACUUGGAGAUGCUUUGUCUGGCCUCGGGAAGAAGUUCACUUCAUUUUGGUGAACUAAAUAGAGGAGGGGUAUGCAGAGUUGAGAUGGAUUGGUAGCUUUGUACUUGAAAAACCUAUGAAACUACAUUAAACACAUUUCACAUUACAGAGGAAAUAGAGGAAGUGAGAUCCUCAGUGCAUCAAGCUGGAAUCAAAGGAUGCCUUGUCAGCACUGAAUUCCCCAGACAUGGGCACACGAUUCAAGUGAAUUAAAUAAGGGUGAUCGCUUCGUCAGCAUUGUGUUACAAGACAUGAGCAGAGGGCUGAAGAGGCCUGAAAGUAAGUGGCUGCCUUGACAGAACUACAGUCCCAGAAUGAUGAUUGCAGAGACGUCUGAUGCCUCAUUGGACCAGUGGAGGACAACAACGGUCAAUAAUGAGGAUGUGGAGGAUCGGAGGAAAGAGGGGGCAGGGGGACUUGAGUCCUGCUUCCCCUCCUCCUCUUUCUAGAGAGAGCCUCCUGGGAUCUGUGUGACAGUAAAAGGCCCGCUGAAUGAGGCACCUGGAUAUCAUGGGAGAAAUUCAGCGUGUUUGACCAUGCAUAUCUCUUCUUUCAAACAGCUCAAUAAAGGAAGCCUCACAGCGCCCUCUAUAGGAAGUUUAGUGGAACACCACUCAUGUCUUAGGAGUGCACAUCUGGCAAGGAUGUUUGAUUCUACAUUGAUGUCUUUGCAGCCAUUUCAUGCAAAACACACAAAAAAGGAAGACAGAUCUUCAUAGGUUUUACUUGUAACAAAGAUACUGAUCUGAGCCAACAAAUGACACCACACACCUGGAAGAGACGACGUGUAUCACGGACAGCGACAACCAACCUGAUGACUCCACAACAAUCCUUGAAUGCUUGGUUUCUCUGAUCUCUACAGUACAUUCCAGUUUAGGGAAUUUGACCCUUUCUUUGAAUGUGUUUU